AGUCUCAAUUAACAAACGAUUUGAUAAUUAGUAGAUGCUCUGCUAAUUGGUAGUCGAGUCAUUAACGUGUGGAGCCAGAUGAACCAGCAAAGAAAGCUUGCUUAUUGGCUAAGAAUAUAGAAGGUGAAGAUGAAAACCCCAUCAGGUUAUAACUAAGUCAAGUCCACGCCGUGUGGAGCCAAAGGUUCAAAGACUUGCACAGUAACUACUCAAUCUAAACUUUAUUAAAAAAAACACAUUUAGGCCUUGAAGCACCAUUAAGCUGAUAUUCGAAGCAUUUCCCUUUUGGCAAUUCACUUCUCUUGAGCAAUCCUGCAUUCCCAACACAAUUUGUUGCCAAAGUGAGAGAGAGAGAGAGAGAGAGGCUAUGGCAGACGUACUUCUUUCUGCCCUGAUGAGCUCCAUGGUGCGUACUUUGAAUGCUAGAGCACUUCAAGAAUUCGGAGUUGCUUGGGGACUAAGUACUGAGCUCGAAAAACUUGAGAGCACGCUGUCCACCAUCCAGGCGGUUCUCCAAGAUGCAGAGGAGAAGCAGUGGAAGAGUGAGGCUAUCGGGAAUUGGCUGCGAAAGCUCAAAGAUGGAGCUUAUGAUGCGGAUGAUGUUCUAGAUGAGUUUGCAACUGAAGCUCUAAGACGAAAGGUGGAGAGAGAGAAAGGUGUGAAAAGCCAAGUAAGUAUCUUCUUUUCUCUUCGAAAUAGACUUAUAUUUCGCAUGAAGAUGGCAGAUAAACUGAAAAAUGUGAGGGACAAAUUGGAAGCCAUUUCCAUGGAGAGAUCUAAGUUUCAUUUGAGAGAGGGAGUAAUAAAUAUGGAAGUUCUUGAUAUAGAAAGGCGACAAACUAGCUCAAUUGUGAAUGAAAGUGAGAUUUAUGGAAGAGGGGGAGAGAAAGAAAAGAUAAUUGAAGUGUUGCUCACUGAUGUGUCUAAUCAAGAUAAUCUUUCCAUUUAUGCUGUAUGGGGUAUGGGGGGCCUGGGAAAAACAACACUUGCACAGUUAGUCUACAAUGAUGUACGGGUGGAGAGGCAUUUUGAGAUGAGAAUUUGGGUUUGUGUAUCAGAUGAUUUCCAUAUAAGAAGGUUGGUGGGAGCGAUCAUAGAGUCCAUUGAUGGAAAUGCAUGUAGUCUUUCAGAGUUGGAUUCACAACAGCAACGCCUACAAGAAAAAUUACGUGGGAGGAGAUUUUUACUUGUUUUGGAUGAUGUCUGGAAUGAGUACCAUGACAAAUGGGAUGGCCUAAAAGCUGCACUGAGGUGUGGGGCGAAAGGGAGUAUGGUUAUACUGACAACUCGGAUUGAAAAAGUUGCACUUAUGAUGGCCACACUUCCAAUACAUCACAUGGGAUGUUUGUCAGAGGCUGAUUCUUGGUCCUUGUUCAAGGGACGUGCAUUUGGGAUGGGAAGGGUAGAGGAGAACUCAGAAUUGGAAUCAAUUGGCAAGGAAAUAGUGAAGAAGUGUGGAGGGAUGCCUCUAGCAAUAAAGGCUCUUGGAAGCCUCAUGAGCUUAAAAAAUAGGAAGAGUGAGUGGUUAUUUGUGAAAGAAAGUGAAAUUUGGGAUUUGCUAGAAGGUGAAAAUUCCAUCUUACCUGCCCUAAGGUUGAGUUAUCACCAUUUACCCCCAUAUUUGAAACAAUGUUUUGCUUACUGUUGUGUAUUCCCCAAAGAUCAUGCGCUUGAGAUGGACACAUUGAUACAAUUGUGGUUGGCUAAUGGUUUUAUUCCCUCCAAAGGACUAAUAAAUUUGCAUGAUGUUGGCCGUGAUAUCUUCAAUGAAUUAGUUUGGAGAUCAUUCUUUCAAGAUGUCAAGGAGGAUGUUCUUGGCAAUGUAACAUGUAAAAUGCAUGAUCUUAUGCAUGACCUUGCUCAAUUUAUUAUGAUGCUUGAAUGCUCUACGGUGGAAUCGGGUAAAGAAAUGAAAGUUCCAAAAAGGAUUCGUCACUUGUCUUUUACCGUGAGCUCAAAAGUGAUUCCUUGGACUAAGGACAUAUACAAAGUUCAAUCUCUACGCUCAUGCAUCCAGACAACACCUGAUUAUUACGGUCAUUAUAAAUCUCUUUUGCCCUUGUUAUUGAAGCAAAAGUAUCUUCGGGUAUGCGAUUUUAGAUGGGCUGUUAAGGGAGUACCGUCCAUCAUCAAUAAUUUAAAACAUUUGAGGUAUCUCGACAUGUCUUCUUCUCGAAUCAAAAUUUUACCUGAAUCAACUACUUGCCUUUUGAACCUAGAAGUGCUGAAAGUAGAUUACUGUCAUGAUCUUUUAGAGUUACCCAAUGGUAUGAAGCACAUGAAAAAUCUUACGUAUCUAGGCCUCACUGACUGUGAUUCCCUAACUCGUAUGCCCAAGGAAAUGGGACAACUAACUUGUCUCCGUUCAUUGAGCCUUUUCAUUGCUGGCAAGGAUGAUGGUUAUCAAAUAAAUGAGCUGAAAGGGCUUAAUCUUCGGGGUGCGCUGUGCUUAAAGGAGCUUAAUAAUGUAACAAAUUUAGUGGAUGCAAAAAAUGCCAAUUUGAUUGGGAAAGAAAAUCUUCACUCGGUGAGUUUGGUUUGGCGAAGAAAAGACACGAGCAAUAUACCAGCACAUGUAGAAGAUGUUCUUAACGGUCUCCAACCUCAUUCAAAUCUGAAAAAGUUGCGCAUAGAAAGAUACGGCGGUUCAAAGUUUCCAACAUGGAUGGAAGAUUCACUUAUUCAAAAUCUGGUUGAAAUUUCACUACAACUUUGUGAAAGAUGUGAACAUCUUCCACCUCUAGGGAAACUAUCCUUCCUUAAGGAUCUUUUUAUAUAUGCCAUGACUGCUGUGAAGUAUCUUGGCAAUGAGUUCUAUGGGGACACUGUAAUUUCAUUCCCAUCAUUGGAGAGAUUUGAGUUAUGUUUUAUGGCUAAUUUGGAGGAAUGGAGAACAGUGCAUGGAAGAGAAAUUUGUCCCCGCCUAAGCACAUUAAAAAUCAAUUACUGCCCAAAGUUAGUUGAAUUGCCUUUUAUUCCUUCGAUUACAAGUUUGGAUAUGGAAGGAAACAAUGCAAUGUUAAUUAGGUCAGUAAUGAAUCUCACUUCUCUUUCUUCCUUUCGGUUUUUUGAAGGAUUCGGGGAUUCAACAGUUCUUCCAGAUAAUCUGUUGCAAAAUCAUAAAAUGCUUACAUCCUUAGAAAUAGAGGGACUACGCAAUCACAAGUCACUAAGAAUUGGGUUGGAAAAUCUUUCAGCAUUGAAAAGUCUGAAACUUGAUUCUUGCUAUGAUCUCGAAACUCUUCUUGGAGUCCAAAACCUACGUUCUUUGGAACACCUACGUAUGCAGGAAUGUAAAAGUCUUAUGUUCUUUCCUAAGAACGUUUUGUUGGGCUUAUCUUCACUUCGGACCUUGACUAUACGCAAUUGUGAGAAAUUCUGCACUUCAUUGGAGGGAAUUCAAUAUUUAACUACACUUCAAGACUUAGAUAUUUUGGGAUGUAAUGAGCUAAUAUCACUACCAGAGAGUAUUCAACAUCUAACUGCUUUGCGUUCUUUGAGGAUUACGGGAUCGGUAGUAUUGUCUUCUCUGCCAAAACAGAUAGGAUCCCUCACGUCACUUUCACUUUUGAGCAUUUGGUUUUGCCCUAGUCUAAUGUCUGUACCAGAGGAGUUGCAGAAUCUUACUGCACUCAAGUCGUUGAUAAUUGUAGCAUGUCCAAAUUUAGAGAGGCGGUGCAAGAAACAUAGUGGUGAGGAUUGGCAUAAAAUUGCUCACAUUCCCAACAUUGAAAUCGAUCCUGGACCAUUUCACAGCUUUAGAGUACAAUCAAGGGAUUCACGGGGGAUGCUUCGAAAACUGAAGUUUUGCUAAAUUGGUAAGGUUUGAGAGCAGAGCACAGAAACAUUUCACAGCGAUAGUAUUGGCAAAUGUCAUGCGGGGAAAUCUUUGUCCAAAUUAAUUCAUGAGGCUGGACAUGGAAGUAGAUCAGAUUCUUUGCAUGAAUGGAUGAGAGGGAGAAACUAGCCAUGCCAGUAACUCGUUAAUUCAAGUCUCUUUGCAUGAAUGGGGGAGACGGGGCUCAAGCACUAGUCAGAAGGAGUGUUGGGGGACAAUGUCAGUUUGGACCUUGUUUCAUUCCAGGAAUGCCUAGGACUUUCGACAGGAGGCUCUUGCCUAACUAUUUUUCUUCAUUUUGUUCGUUCUUCUUGCAGUCUUCAAUGGCAUUCCCAGAUUAACGAUUUAAUUUCACCUUCAUCCUUCUUUUCUUAUUGGUAAAUAAUGAAUUUUAUUGAGACAAAAAAAGAGUACAAUUGGGGGCCAUACAAUCAAGCCCGCAAAUUACAAUGAUCUAUCAAAUCAAAACCGAACAUAGAGAAUAACUUCCCAUAGUGGACAUUCAAUCCAAC